AUGCAGAAGCAGGAAUUUUUGGGUGCUGCUGGCGGCCUCAACCGGGAAUCUCCUGGAGGGGCAACCAGCGGAGUGCCACGAGGCAGCAGAGGAAUCGAGGCAGGCUCGGGGCUGCCCUCCGGAGCAGUCUUGUCUCCUGACUCUGGGCUCUCCCUACACUCCGCAGGAAUAGUAAUCAGAAGCCCUACUAGUUAUAGUUCGCCCUCUGGGCUGGUAGCGGUUCACGGUUCCAGCCCCAGCCAGCAUCCUGGGGAGGUUGUGGGCCACAGCCUUGCAGCCAGCACAUUCCCUGGAGGAUUUAAUCCCCCCUUUCCUGGAACCUAUGUAUCCGGGACGUCAGGCUUUGGGUCCAAGGGGCCUGGAGUGCACAACUCAGGAUGCAGUCCACGCUCCGGGUCAACUUGCUUGCACCCCCACAAACCCUAUGAAGAUCGGCCCCGUAGCAUCCUAAAAAACAGUAGCUCCACCUCGGUGCAUAAAUCCUCCAGUGCGGAAAGGAAAAAGUCUCAACACUGGGAUGAAAUGAAUAUCUUGGCCACUUACCACCCUGCUGACAAGGACUAUGGAUUUAUGAAGGUGGAUGAACCUAGCACUCCCUACCACAGGCUGCAGGACAGUGAUGAGAACCUGCUCCCAGGGCCUUCUCACACAGUGACCCCUGAGGCACUAACAGAGAGGUUUGCAACGAUGGACAAUUUCUACCCCAAAGUCCUUCAGCACGGUGAUAACAGAAGCUCAGGGUCUUCAGACAACUUUUCCAAAACAUACUCCAGUGAUUUUGAGAAGCGCCGCAAGGCACACUACAGUGAAGGAAAGUUCCUCAAGACUCAGAAAAACCUGCCCUUGGGUAAUAACAAGAACAGCAAUGGGGGUAGUGAAAGUUUGGGCAGUGGCUGUCGAGGUGUGAUGCCAGGCCCAGGGUCCAGACCUGUGGAGAGAGGCUGGGCAGGAGGACUGGCCAGAGGAGUCAAAGAUGAAAUUGACCUGGUUACCAGGAACCACAUCCUAGACGACAAGGAUUCCUCUACCUCCAGAAAUCAGUCCCCAGCUUCAGCCAUCAUCAUGUUGGACAAGGAGGUUGAACUGCAACGAAAUGAGUAUUAUAGUAAAGGAAGAUACCUCAGGUGCUGUCCUCACCCAGAGCCUGAGGAGGACGUGGAAGAUGAGCAGCAGGACAGCACUACAAGCUUGAACUGGGUGAGUGAGAAUGCCAUAAGAACUGAGGUCCGUUUGCUGGAACACACGAAAAGCCCCCAUCGGGAUCACAGGCCAUCAAGAACUCCCUGAUAAUGACACUGCAGCCUGAUGAACCCUGCAGCUUUGAUGGACUCAGGAAGAGGAAGCCACGCAAUAGAAAAAUGUAGCCAGCUGGAGAUGGGGAGGGGGCCAACCUUCCCCUGCCCUCACCACCUUAGGGGUGGAAAAUAAAGAGAAGAAGAGCAAGAGUCUGGGUCCUGUGAAUUGGGGGCCCAGGUGGGACCUGCUCAGUCACUGAAGAGAGAGGAGGGAGGGAAGUUCACACACAGGAAAUUAUGAGCAGCCACAGCAGAGAAGUCUGGGGGACUGGAGUCCAGAAGAUCUUCAGAGUUUGAGAAGGCCACACUGCAGCAGGAGGACAAUGAUUGAUGGGAUUCAGUCAACCAUAAAUUCACCAGUAUCAUCUUUAAUCCUUACAACAACCCUGGAGCGGGGGUUGUCAUCCUCAUCUUCCAGAUGAGGAAACUGAGGAAUCAGAGGGCUGGCCCAGGGUCAUGCAGCCUCUAAGUGACCAAGCCUAGAUUUGAAUCUAUAUCUGCCAGACUCAAAACUCAACCACUA